UUUGUUUUACCUUAUACUUUUCAAGAAACAACAUUGCAAGAGGCCGAUGAUUUUCAACAACCUUCUUCCUCUUCAAUGCCUUCACUUGAAGAAGAAGAAAAACAAAGAAUUUCUCAAAAUAAUCAAAGAAAACCUUUCAAAAGGCCAAGAUUGGAUAAUGGAGAAACUGAAAUACCUUCUUUCACUCCAGUCAUUCCAACAAUUUCAUAUAAAGAAUUUCUUCAAAAACAACGCCAAAUUCGUCAGCUUUGUAGACAAAUAGGCCCCAGUUUGUUUAAAAAAAAUUUUUAUGGUUUUUAA